CCCGGCCCCAUCCCUUUCGUUCUAAGGGUGACGUUGAGGGUUCGAUCAACAAGAAGAUUAACGUCCCGGGGCAUCCAACCUAGGCCUAGGCACGUUCUAGAGGUUUCCCCAAGAUAAUCCGGCUAAGGAGGGGUUUCUUCGAGGAAGGAAUCGAGAAGUCAUCUUUUCGAGGUCUUAGCACAUUAAGUGAACCAUAGGCGCAAGUUUCAAGUUAAUCGGAGAUCAAUUGGCGACUAGGGGGAAGAACUCGGGCAUGACGCAAAGAAGAAUGG